CUCUUCAAAGUUCAAAGAUAGAGAGAGAAAGAGAGAGAAAAGGGGGCAGGGCAAUUCAGCUUAUGAGCAAUGAAAUGAUAUGAUGAUCAUAGCAUGUAGGUCAUCAUCACCCCUAUCUGAUCUUCUAUUUCUGAGGAAGUAGCUCUCAUCUUUCUUCCUACCUAGUUGGUUUUCAUGGUACCCUCAUGCUGGCUUAUUAACAGCACAACAACACUGAGAAAAAGCACCUCCAAUUUUCCACUACUUUGAUCCAAUACCAACCACCACUCUGGUUUCAUGGGUGAAAACAAAUCCAGGGACAUGGUUUCAUCAUCAACCGGUAAUUUCUGCUACUCAACAGAUGUGUCACCAGGCUUUGUCUCUGACUCAGAGAUGUUCAACCUCACCUCAGGCAUGGAUAUGAUAGGCUUUUCAAAGAACCUUCAUCUUCAUCACCAACAACAACAACAAGAAGAGAAUCAUCUAAUCCAAGAUUCUUCUUCCCCUUGGCAGAACAACAGCAGGUUCCUAGUUGAUGAUUCUUCUUUAAGGUGUGUGUUCCCUUGUGAAGGUAACGAAAGACCAAGUCAAGGCCUUUCACUUUCUCUCAGCUCAACCAACCCUUCUAGUAUUGGUUUGCAACCUUUUGAGCUAAGACACACAAACCAACACCAUCAUCAUCAUCAACAACAAAUGUUGCAAGAUGCAAAUAUUUAUCACCAACAUGGGGAUUUUGUGCUAAAACACUCCAAGUUCUUGGUACCUGCACAGGAUCUAUUAAACGAGCUUUGUAGUCUAGGAACAAAGAAAAAUGAUAUUCCAAAGUCUGAAAAGUCUGAGAAGAACAAAGAGUGGGAAGAGGGUUCCUCAAAGAAACACUGUCUUGGUUCUCUAGAGUUUGUGGAAUUGCAGAAGAGGAAGACCAAGCUGUUUUCAAUGCUGGAAGAGGUUGAAAGAAGACACAGGCACUACUGUAAUCAAAUGAAGGCUGUGGUUUCCUCCUUUGAAGCAGUGGCUGGUAAUGGUGCUGCUACAGUUUACUCAGCGUUGGCUUUGAAACAAAUGUCUAAGCAUUUCAGAUGUUUGAAGGAUGGGAUUUUGGAGCAGAUUCAUGCAACAAGAAAACUCUUGGGAGAGAAAGAUCCAAUUUCACCAGGCACAACAAAGGGCGAAACACCUAGGCUUAGAAUCAUUGAACAAACACUGAGACAGCAGAGGGCAUUCCAGCAAAUGAACAUGAUGGAAACUCAUCCAUGGAGGCCACAACGUGGCCUUCCUGAGCGAUCCGUUUCGGUUCUCCGGGCUUGGCUCUUUGAGCACUUUCUCCACCCGUACCCAAGCGAUGUAGAUAAACAUAUUUUAGCCAGGCAAACUGGUCUCUCGAGAAGCCAGGUAUCGAAUUGGUUUAUCAAUGCAAGGGUGAGGCUAUGGAAGCCAAUGGUAGAGGAAAUGUACUUGGAAGAAGAGAAGGAGCGAGAGCAAAACAUGGUGGCAUCCUCAGAGGGAGCAGAUAACAAUAAUAUUCAUGAAGAAGAAGAUAUGAACCAUGAUGUUCAGAACCUAUCUCCUUCAACAAGACCUGAUCAGAAGCCAACAACACAGGCGAGGAGGCUUCUUCGAAUCGACUCAGAUUGCAUGUCGUCCAUCAUCAACAACCCGGACCAUGAUCAAAAUGACACAAAGACCCACCACCACAUGAAUCCCCACGAACAAUUUGAGUCCGGAGUUGAUCUUGAUUUCUCAUCCUAUGCUACGCACCACUCUCCAAGCAUGCAGGUUUCUUACACCAGCGCCGGAAACAAUGUCAACCCAGGUUUCCGUGGUGGUGGUGGAGUGUCGUUGACGCUAGGGUUGCAACAGCACGGUGGUUCAGGCGUGGUGAGCUUGGCGUUCCCUCCUCCGCAAGCAACACAAGGCUCCAUGUACUACACGAGAGACCAGGUUGAUCAAGAGUGUCCAACGGGUCAGUUUUCUCUCUUGGAUGGUGAAGGACAAAACAUGCCCUACAGGAAUCUCAUGGGGACACAGUUGCUUCAUGACUUUGCAUGAUACAACAUAUUCAAGUGGCAUGACAUAUCAAUUGUAGUUGUAGGUUUUAAAUUGUGGUUGCUGUCAUCAUGCAGUUGAGUUGCAGUGAUUCAAAAACUCUUGAUAGUUGCUGCAGAAUUAUGGUUGUAAACGGCAAUUUAAAACCUUAGUAAUAUUGACAAGUGAAAUUAAUUAAUUAAAGUAGAAUUAAGUUUA